CAUCGUCGUCACGGCAAGCAUCGUCGAUAUCCUGCUGAGAACAGCAUGACACCUUUUCGCUUUGAACCUUCGCCGCCUCCUUGGCUGACAGCUCAAGCUCCAAAAGUACCGAUGCGGACAGUCUCUCGACUGACCGGUCUCCUCGACAGUGAUCUCGAUCCAAACCGAGAACGGGAGCAUAGUCCGGACGAGCUACACAGCUCGCAGGAAGACCGAAAUUGUGGUGGUGUGGCUCAUUCUGUGACUCAAAAAGUCGGCAAUCGGCCAGUAGUGGCUCGAAGAAGCGCGACCGCCAGGGGUAGAUCUAAGCGUACUCUCUCGUCUGCCAGAUCCCUCACCCUGACAGCAGAUGCGGAAGCAGCAGCUCGCAAAAUGGAUAGUCUUCCGGAAGAUAUUACAUCGACUGACGACUGCAGUGGCAGCCGAUCAAUUCCAAGCUCGAGGCAGAAAAGGAGGCUCGAGCUGCAUACGAAUUCCAAUGAUCGCAUUCCUGCGCCUGCUCUCGGCCAAGAAGUCAGGUGCGUGUGCAUAUAGACACCAGGAAUGAUGGUGCACUUCCCUGGUCACCUGAUAUAGCCGAAGUCACUCUUUCAUUUGGGGACAGCGAGGCACUAGAGGUGGCUCAAGCUGCACUCGCAAGCGGUCAGCUGGACUGGGAGGACGAUGAGUCCCCCUCCGUACCCGCACACAACGGCUUCUCCCGAGCAGACGCCCGCUCCCCGUCCGAACCCACAAGCAGCACUAGCAGCGUGCCGCCCGUCUCUUCACCCCCCCUUCCGCCAGCAAGCGGGCAUACCCUCUCGCUGACCACAGCCAGUACCAGGCCGUCCGACUCUUUUC